AUGGGGAAAGGUAAAAACAAGACUCACGAGCCCAAAAACGGAAAACCACAGAGAGGUGCUAAUGGGCACAGCUCAAGGCAAAAUCAUAAGCGCAUGGAAAUGAAAUACGAUAAUUCAGAAAUGACAAAAUUUCCUGUCAAACUGGCCAUGUGGGAUUUUGACCAUUGUGAUCCGAAAAGGUGUAGCGGUAAAAAGCUUGAAAGAUUGGGUCUAAUCAAAUCAUUAAGAGUGGGACAGAAAUUUCAAGGUGUUGUUGUCUCGCCGAACGGUAAUGGUGUCGUCUGCCCCGAUGACCUCGAGAUUGUUGAACAACAAGGUGCCUCAGUGGUUGAAUGUUCUUGGGCCCGUUUAGAAGAAGUACCUUUCAAUAAAAUAGGCGGUAAGCAUGAAAGAUUGUUACCUUAUUUAGUGGCCGCUAAUCAAGUGAAUUACGGGAGACCGUGGAGGCUUAACUGUGUCGAGGCAUUAGCCGCUUGUUUUGCUAUUGUCGGGAGAAUGGAUUGGGCAAGUGAACUGCUGUCCCAUUUCUCGUGGGGAUUGGGGUUUUUAGACUUAAACAGAGAAUUACUUGAAAUCUAUCAGCAAUGCACCGAUUCCAACUCUGUCAAGAAGGCUGAAGAGGAAUGGCUACAGAAAUUAGAAAAGGAAAAUCAAGAACGAAAAUCUCAGUCUAAGGAUGAAGACAUCUGGAUGAUGGGUAACGUAAAUAGAAGGGAUAAUGGAGCGCAAUCUGAUGAAUCGGAAAGCGAAGAGGAUUCUGAUCAAUCCGAGUUGGAAAGUGAUAAACAAUCUAUAGAAUAUGACUCUCUUGGUAACGCCAUUGGCAUUGAUAAUGUAAAGAGCCGAAAAAUGCUCUCUGAAGGGUCGGAAGAUGAAGAAAGUGAGUCUGGAGAGGACGAAGAACCUGUUAGUUAUGACUCUCUAGGUAAUAUAAUUUAG